AUGAUGAUAUACUUUACUCGCCCCCUAAACAGAGGUACGUUACGACCGAUGAUUUUACCAAUUACAACAAGUGCAGUUCAUCCAUAUCCAGAGCAAUCGCUUGUUAUGCAUAACCUGGAUCUUGAUUAUUAUUAUCAUCUGGGAUUAAACAGUGGAUUAGAUCUGAAAUCAAAUUUUGGUGAUGUGAAAUAUGUUUUGAUGUGUGGAAGUCCAGUUAGAGCCUAUGAAAUUAUUCAACGCGUUAUGCAAGCAUUUAAUAUCCAGUUACCAAUUGGACAAACAUUAGCACCCAUAGGUAAAACUGAACGUUACAGUAUGUUCAAAAUUGGCCCAAUUAUUUCAAUUUCAUAUGGAAUGGGUAAACCAUCAGCGUCUAUCAUGUUACAUGAAAUAACAAAAUUAUUAUCGGCUGCCGGUGUCUUAGAUCCUGUUUACAUUCAAGUUGGUACUAGUGGUGGUGUAGGAAUUGAAGGUGGAACAGUUGUGAUUUCAAACGCUCUUGUUAACGAUCUGUUACAGCCAUAUCAUUCAAUAGCUGUGCUUGGGAAAAUAAUAGAUCGACCAGCUAAAGUAGAUUUGGAUCUUUGCAAACAACUUUAUGAUGUUAGAGGAGAAAUACCUGCGAUUAUGGGAAUAACAAUGUCAACAAAUGACUUUUAUGAAGGUCAAGCUCGUAUCGAUGGUGCCAUAUGCGAUUAUACAAUGGAAGAUAAAUUAAAGUUUUUGAAAUAUGCUAAUGAUGCAGGUGUUCGAAAUAUCGAAAUGGAAGCAGGUUGUUGUGCAGCAUUUUGUACACGAUUGAAUAUUCGAUGUGCAAUUGUGUGUGUGACUUAUCUAAAUCGUUUGCAUGGAGAUAGAAUAUCAGCUGCACCUCAACAACUGACACAAUAUGAGUCAAAUGCAAUUACUUUGGUUUUAAGAUAUAUUGAGGAACAAUUAGGAUUGGAACCAAAAUGUGCUAUAUAA